AACUACUUUACAUCUUUAUCAUCAAAAAACAUCCUGAAAGGUGAGUGUCCUGUGAAACGGUUCUUUUUUGUAUUCAUCAGAAACAUCGGAUGAAUCCAGAAGACGUCCAAGAUGACCACCACCCUGAGUCGCGGAAUGACCACCCUAACUCUCCUCGCCCUCAGUAUCCUUCUGGUGAUCACAGACGCAGCCAUGUAUAUAUACCCCCUCACUAAAUAUAUGGACCCUCCAGCCAGCCAACCCCGCUUCAUCCAAGGAGGGCCUGGCUUCCCUUACCCUGAGCUGAACUACCUGUGUAGGGGUAAGGACGGUGUCAUGUUUCUCCUCCCCUGGGCCUGUACUGGGUAUGUCCGGUGUGUUGGAGAUUCAGCUUACUGGAGCAGGUGCCCGCUGGAUGCCAGAACCGUCACUGGUCUGAAGGAACCGAUCUGUGUGAUGGACCGGAACGAGUGUAAGAGACAGGAGAAAGUUCGCUGGAGUAACUUCUGUCGCCUGACCGCUAGAGGUCGCUACCCUCCACCCAGAGCUGCGCUUUGUUUUAUGACUGCAAUGCCGGCACUCAGGGGUGGCGCGCGAAUGCAGUUACCCCGACCUCUUCAACCCAUCAUCCGGUCUCUGCGAGGACUUCCGGUCAGCUGAGAUACAUUGUAAUGGAAGACCAGUGCCCAAAGCCCCAUGCGACUACCAGGCUCUCAACAUCACAUGCACAGAUCCUCACUGUCUGCCCUGUUCGGAGCUCCGGCCAUCCUGUGUUGGUAAACCGGACGGGAACCACGCCCUGCCAACCCGGACCAACUACCCGUGGUACCUGAGGUGUGAGAGAGGAAGAACUAUGGGCGUUUUGAAAUGUCCAGACGGAAUGUUUUUCUCCUCUUUUUGUGCACGGUGCAUUCCUUUCGGCUCAACGACGUGUUAUUAUUAUUAAUAUAUUUUUAUUGAUAAAACUGUGAGCGAGGAAAAAAAGACUGAAAUC